UGCUUUUGAUUACAAAAGAGCGGUAUAAAAUACAAUACACAUUGUUUGCCGAACUUAUUUUUAAAACUACUACCAUCUACAACAAGCGGAUAAACCAGCGCAGAGGAGCAUCUUGAUCAACCGCAGCGCCAUGGACGCCGCCGUACCGGAUCCCGCGCUGCUGGCGAUGAACAAGCUGAACAAGGGCUCCAAGUGCCGAGCAUGUCUAUCGGUGGACCGGAAAACCGUGCAGUUGAGCGCCGAGGUGCCCAACCUGCAAAAGUCGCGCACCUACGCCCAGAGCCUGAAGCAGUGCACCAACCUGGACCUGCGGGUCAUUAGUCCAGGUGGCUACCUGUGGCCCAUGCAGAUCUGCGUGCGCUGCUGUCGCGCCCUGGAGGUGGCUAUGCACUUUGUCGAGAUGGCCCUGGAAUCGAAUCUCAAGCUCCAUGCCGAAGCUAAAAGCGUUAAGCUGCCCAGUCCCACUGGAGAGCUUAAACGAAAGGCCAGCAACGAAACGAUUCCCUGGAAUCAGUUUAGCCAGGAGUUCGAGCAGUUUGUCGAGGGCUACGAGGGUCCCAUCGAGGAGAAUGUCCUCUACAUGCGAGGAACCAAGGUGCCGCGACUGGACGUCGACGCUUCUUCGAGCAGCAAGACACCGCCAAAGGAAGAUGAAGUCAUACUCUUCGACGUCAAGUACGACACCAAUGAUCUGGAGGAGGAGGACGAGAACGACGGCUCGGAUGCGAAGAACAAUGAGACCUUCUUCGAGAACAGUAUUACACCUGGAGAGACGGUAAUGGUCGUCUCAGUUGCGGAAAAAGCUGUCGAGAAUAAUAACAAUUACAAUUUCAAUAACAAAAACGGCGAUGUGACGGACGAGGAGUGCGACCUUAUACAACGCGCUCUGGAGAUGACUCUAAACGACGAUGGCUUUAGCCACAGUCCCAAGAAGGAGGCCAGCAAUGAAACUCAGCUGAAAUCCAAUGGAAUAGAGAUCUCAUCGCCACUAUUUAUUAAGCUGGCCACGACUAGCAGCACGACGGCCAAUAUACCCAUUCUAAAAUGCAACAUUUGCCAAUACACGCAUACCGAUGCGGAGCAACUAAAAAUUCACUACAAAAGUAUUCACAAGAUUUCUAUGAUCGAAGACGAUAUAAUUGGCCUAAACAAAAAUCAAAACUUCAAGUGCCGACCUUGCAAUAGUUAUGAGACGAAAGACAGGUCUGAAAUGCAGAAGCAUCUCAUCGAUCACCACAAGAUAGAUGGUGAUUUUGAAAUGUACUGCUAUAUGCAAGCAAACUGCCCGGCUUGCGACAGAAUCUUCAAGGAUCAGCGCUCAGCUAGGAAACAUUACACCAGGGUGCACACUCCGGUGCAAAUUUCGGUGUCGCCAACGGAGUCAUAUGCCUGCACGGCAUGCGAUAAGGUGUUCAACCAGAAGGCCAGCCUGCACAGCCAUCAGCGUUUCUGCCAGGUGAAGGAUGUCGUGCAUUGCAGCUUCUGCGAUCAACAGUUCAACAGCAUGCGCAAGUACGAGCUGCACUUGCAGCAACUCCAUGCCGUGGAAACAGUACACGAGUGCGAGAUCUGCCGGCGGAGCUUCAAGAGCGCCGAAACCCUAACGAUGCAUCGCAAGCGGCACUCGGAGCGACACUUCCAGUGCGGUCAGUGCUCGCUUAACUAUGUUAACUCGGCGGAGUUGCGAGUGCACUACGAACGGGCUCACGUCAAUGAGGAACCAGUUAGCUGCCUUACCUGUGGCAAUCAGUUCCAAAACAUGACCCUGCUGCGCGAGCACGAGCAAAGAAGUCACCAGAAGUCGAAGGUCUGGCGCUGUGAGGUGUGCAACUUUGAGACGAAGACCAGAUGGCGCAGGCGUCAGCAUCAGUACGAGCACAUGGAUUACCCGUACAAGUGUCAGAAGUGCACCAGCGAAUUCGCUGAUCGCAGCAAAUUUCGCCAACAUUCCAAGAAGGUGCACGGCAUCGAACUGAGCGACGAGCAGUUGGCUGAGAUGUUCCGCGAGAAGAAGGGCUACACCAAUCGGCAUGAUGCAUUCAACAAGUCGAUCAACUCGCUGGAGAUUCCAGGCCUCACGGAGGACUGUUUCGCCGAGCUGGAGAGCCUGGGCGUGGACUAUGACGACAUAACUACUGAUCUCUUUGCCAGCUCCGCCGCUCUGGACAACCUGCUCAAUUUGAUACCUUAAACACACGGCGACGAUCAAUCUACCUGCAUAGAAUUUACAAAUUUAAACGGCACACAUAUUAGCUGACGAGAGCAAGAAGACUGUCUGCACUUUACAAAUCGCCCUAAAAGAAAUAGCAUUUAUACACCACACUGUUUAAGUUUGAACAACUAUUUUGCUCAACCGAAUCAGAAUCCAGAUCAGAACAUUCAUUAGUAUGUAUUCACAGUGAAACCAUGAUAUUUUUGAAGUCACCAUCUCAAUAAACAAGGACACACGCGUUUCUGAAGCGCACAAAACUCCCA